CUUCUCGUCUCAGGCCAUGGCUGAUAACCGCGCGCACUGCAAAGCCACGACGUCUGCCGGGCGCUCAGACUCUGUGCACAGCUAACGCUUUCGAUUUGAACAUGCCAGUGGAAGAAGAAUGUGAUGCCUCUGAUUUCCAGGUCCGGGUGUUUGAACCUAAAGACUAUCCAGCUGUCAAAAGGCUGUUCAUUGAUGGCAUCAUGGAAGGUGUCACUCCAGCUUUCAAGGAAGCUCUACCUCGUUCGAUCAACCUUACUGUUCUGGCAGGCAUCGCCGCAGUUACAUAUGUCCUGCCAGGCCAUCUCAGAUGGCUAGGAGUUGUGGUAGCCACCGCCUGGAUCGCAACUGUCUACUGGUGCUGCCACAUGUUUUAUGCCAUUUAUGUUAACGACAAACUGGCAUCGGAGAUGAAAGACAUUGAGAAGCACUUUUUGUCAUCACCUGGUAAUUGUUAUUGGGUGGCAGAACACAAGAAAUUAAAAGUCAUAGGUGGAAUGGUGGCAGUGAAGAGUUGUGCUGGUGCAUCAAAGAAAGACAUAAUCACACCUGACCGAAAAAAUACACUAAGCAAGAGCACACCUGCGAACAUUAUACCUGCUCAGGAGGAGAUGGGUGAUGAAUGUCCACUACAAAAUAAUGCCCAAUCUGAUACCAGUCAUCACAAAGCAGAAUGUCAAGACACUGCUGAGAGCUGUGAGAUGUUCCGGAUGAUAGUAGACAGGCAGUACCGUCGCCAUGGACUUGGUGUUCGACUGACUCAGACGGUGCUGGACUUCGCCCAGAAACGUGGAUAUAAGAAGUGUGUUUUGGGGACGUCAAAAGCCCAGAAGGCUGCACAGAAGUUGUAUCUCAAAGUCGGAUUUCAGCUUAUUAAAAUAAUUACUCUUGAGAUUGGGAGAUUUAUCAAUGUCCUAAGUGGGGCGAAGGUAUUUUACUUUGAAAAGCAGCUUUAGUGGCAGCCCCUCAGCUCAUUCAGCCUCUUUAUAACAGUUGCAUUC